AUAAAUCAUUAGAUUUUGAUGAAACAUCGUUAGAACUCGAACUUUUGACCGGAAACAGCAGUGUAACGUCCAAAGAUUUGCAAGACUUAUGGUUUAAAGAUUUUGUUGCUGAUCUAAAAUUUGUAGAAAGUUCAGAGCUUCCCAACAAAUGUAUAUGUGGAUAUAAGUUUUCCAGUGUCACAAUUGAUCCAAUAAAAUAUCUACUAUUCUUGUUUAACAAUCUAAAAGAAAAAAAUGUUACAUUCAUCAAGCAGGAGGUCAAGAAACUUGAAUUAGAUUCAUUUGAUGGUAUUGUUAUUGAUUGUGUGGGGUUGAAUAGUGGGAAAUUGUUUGAUCAUAUUCUUAUUCCAAGGAAAGGUCAAUUGAUAAGAAUUUCAAAACAAAAAUAUGAUUUACCACAUUGCUCGAUAUUUAAUGGUAAUGACCUUCCAUCAGUCCUUCUAUCAAUAAACAUAAACAAAAGAAAAGGAAUCCAAGCUAAUCCAUCUGAUCAUAAACCUAAUAAAAAAUUUAAAUCUGAUUCAGUGUUCUAUUGUACUUUUAAACGUGAAUAUCCUGAAAACUAUGAGAAGGAACCAACAAACAUUGUUUUCAAAAAACUUAUUUUAAAUUUCUUUCCAGAUGCUCAUAAUCUGGCAAAAUAUGAACCAAAAUAUAGUUAUUUCAUAUGUUACGAGCCAAAUCCAUCAGAUACCACAGAAAAACUAUUGAUUCAGCGUCUUCACAGACCAGCUUGGUUGAAAAAUUGUAAUUUUAAUUUAUGUGUUCAAAUACAUUGGAAUAAAAACGAUCCAAAGAAUGUCAAUUCUAAAUUGGAAGACUAUGUAGACUGUGUUUUUUUAUUUGAUGAUGAUAAAGAAUUCAUUAAGUUUGAUAAAUCUGUUACAUCGAUUGUAAAACAAGAUAUAAUUGAUUUGAUUCUUUCAAAUCAACAAAACAAAGAUAAAAAAAUAGUAUUCGAUGCAAUUAGUGAUUCAUUUAUUCUUCAAGAUCUAGAAAAUCAUUAG